AUUGGGUAUCCUCUCUCGUCGGUAAAUCUCUACCAAAUUGCCGAGCUGAGCCCGACAUGCUUAGGCCUUGGCCCGGUGUUCACGGGAACGGUUAAUCCGUUCCCGAAGCAACUCGGAGAAGCCUCAUCAUCAAUGAGUUUAAACUUUAUUAAGACAAAUUAAACGAGUUAGUUGGACGAGCCAACUCGACUCGGUCUGUUUGUAGAGAACAAAAGCUGCUUUCGGAAUUUUCAAUAAUCUAAACUCCGAGUCUCUGAUCCUGUCGUUCACAGGACCUGUAGAUUUCUAGAAACUAAAACCCUAAUUCGGAAAACCAUAAUUAUUGAUUUUGAACCCCAAAUGUACGGAGAUCAGCAGGCAACUAUGCGCAGUUUCACUUCAUACCCGACUAAUAACCCUAACCCUGAUCCUAACCCCCCUAACGCUGAUGCCUCGCUGUACCAGUAUUCUCAUGGAUUCGAUGGGUCGGAAACGCAAUCCGCAUUUGAGCUUGAAGAAGCUGCAGCAUCACAGAAUGAGGCAGCUGGCAACAUCGGUGAUGAAACACAGCAUGUAGUGAACACAACAAGUCAGCCUGAAAGCAUAGAACCCAUUCAAUGUGAGGUAUGCAAUAUUACUUGUACAAAUAGGGACAUAUUCAAGAAACAUACACAAGGAAAAAAGCACAUGAAGAAUAUGCAAAAGAUUGCCAUUUCAUCUGUCAUUGGACCAAAAGUGACACCACCCACUGCUACUGCAACUUCAGUAGGAGAGUUGGAGAAUAAAAAACACUUGCUAUUGCAAAAUGGAGCAUCAGUUGCUAAAUUGCUCUACUGUCAAACUUGCAAUGUGGUAUGCAAUAAUCAAGAUGCCUUUCAGGCUCAUCUUGCUGGUAGAAAGCAUUCUUCAAAGGCAAUCAUGCAGGGUGCGAGUACAAAUGACGUUUUUAUCCCCACAUCAAACAAGGGUCAUGAGGCUCGGAUGAAUCCUGACCCCUUGAGGUGUGAACUUUGCAAAAUCAGCUGCACAAGCUUUGAACUACUCAACACACACCUGUCAGGGAAGAAACACCUCAAGAAACUUAGAGAAUCAGAGCAAAUAUCAGAUCUGCCCUUGACCUUUGUCACUUCACUGGACACCCAACGUAUGCAGAAUCCGGAGUCUACCGAGGGCAAAUCCGUCAUUUCACAUGAAGGAAAGAAACACCAGAAGAAUUUGGAGAAAUCAGAAAAAGGAAUUGGACCUGACACUGAGCAAGGGAUGCUGCAAGAUGAAGGGAAGGAAGAGGGUAAAGUUGUAAAUUUGGUGGAUGGGAGUAACAGGAAGACAAAGAGAGUGGCAAGUGAUGAGGAAUUGGAGGCAAAGAGGCAGAAGAUUCUUCAAGGAGGAGCUGCAUCCAAUGGCUUAAGAACUUGUACUGUGUGCAAUGUUGUUUGUAGCAGUCCGACUGUGUAUAACUCUCAUCUUGCUGGUAAGAAGCAUGCUGCAAUGGCUGUGAAACAGGCAGAAACUGGAUUGACUGGUCAAGAAACAUGAACCCUUUUGUUAUUUAGUAAUCUGGAUGGAUGUGUUAUUGUAGAAAUUUGAUGAAAAUUGUGGCUUUGAGAAGAAUCUCGUCACAAAAUUGGAAGGUUUUAGAAUGGAUAACUAAGGUUGUUAUGAUGAUUAUAUAAUAAUGGGUGUGGUGUGUUUUGGAAAUGGGAAGGUGGUUUUACAAAAUUAAUAUGUUAGAAUCGAAAUUGACACAUGUAACCAUAAUUCAAGAGAAAUAUAUGUUUAUUUCAUCAUGUUUAUCCCACUUAUUUUGUAUCUAUGGAAGUGGAUCAUGUUUAUUGACUUACUUUUGUUGUUAUUGCUCGGG